AGAAGUUCCGACCAAUCAGAGAGAUGCAAGCUGCCGGUGGUUCGAACGGUUUUAUUAAGAAAGAUGAGCGCAAGAAGAGGUGGGAAACCAAACAGAGGAGGGUCUAGAUCUAGCAAACCAAAGGGAGGAGGAGCAGGCUACUUGGAUUUCGAUGAUGAUUUCAGCCUUUCUUUUGGACCUCCCCGUUCCAGCAGAGCUGGUAAAGGACGAGGGAGAGAUGGUGGAGGAGGUAAAGGACGUAACGAUCGAGACAGAGAUGAUAGAAGGCGAGCCGAAAGUCACAGAAUGCCUCUGCCAAGGUCCCUGGCAAACACCAGACUUCCCACUAAGUCUGCCGACUGCAUCAGGUCAGAGACGAGCAGCAUGCCCAUGCAGAAGAUCUUCAUGACCAAUGAGAACCAGGAACAGCUCAAGGAGUUACUGCGGGAACUACAGACGCAAGAUUUUGACGAGCCCUCUGAGGAAUCUGGCUUAGAUGAUUCAGAGGAAGAGGAGGAAUUUGAUGAACUAGAUCACCGUGAGGAAGGCCAGUUUUGGGCUACUAAUGACGAGCCUGUGGAGAGAGCAGAAAGCCCCGCUUACUGCAAGGACUCUGAAGACGAGCGUCCCACUCCUGAACCUGUUAUCUCCUUAUUUGCCAUUGGAAAACUCUGCAGAUAUGGGUUUGACAGGGAGCGUAGCAAAAAGGCACUGGAGUUUGGAGGAGGCGAUUUUGGGGCAACCUUGGAACAGCUCCUCCUUCAGGUUUACAGCGAACGCUACGGACAGAAAGCAGUGUGCCCCGAUGACCUCCAGCGGGUUCCAGUGGACGAGUGUUUAAGCCAGAGGCAGGAGGAAGCUCUUGCCCUCGCUGCUAUUUAUGGAGACCGCUUUAAGGAGUGCAUAGCCAACACGGUUUGGACUGUAUCCCUGGAUCUUCCGUUCCUUUCUGAAAAGGCUCCGCAGAAGGUAGGAAAAGCUCGAAACGGAGGGGAAGCUGCGCCUGUUCGGGGAGUCUGCAGAUUCUUCCUGAAAGAUCAAGGCUGCCGCUUAAAAGACAAAUGCAGGUUCAGACAUGAACUCCCAGGAAAAGAGAGGUCGGGGGCUGGUUCCUCGGACCUGAAAGGCCCGAGCCAUCCGGGCAUCAGCAGCUAUUCUCCUCCCGAGUACCAGCUGGAGGUUCGCUUCCCCAAAGGAAACCGUUACCCCCAUCAGGCACCGAUUGUCGCCUUCAGCACCAACGAUGAGUCAGUCGGAGCUGCAGGGAGACUCAGCGUCACCGAGAAGUUAUUCGAAGAGGCUCUGGCUGCGGCGAAAUGCAGCGAGCCCGUUGUUUACACUCUGAUAACCUUAUGUGAGGAUGAACUCAGCAUGAAGGAGCUGCUGGCUGUCGGUCACCACAAGUACAGCUCGCCACCACCUGUAGUGGGACUUCCGCAGCCUUUACCCGCUGUGGCGAAGAGUAAGAGCGUGGAAGGCCGGAGUAAUUACACAAACAGCAGGAGGGCUGCUCCGCCCACCACCCGCACACCUGCAGAUCUGGAGGAGGCCGAGGAGCGGGACGAGGACGUCAGACCCGUCCCAGUUAAGUGCGAAAGUUACGUCCAUCUGAAGAAGAUGGCGAACAAGCACAAUCAGAAACUGGACGUUUUGCAGGAGAACAAAAAGCUGUGCAGAGAAUUCAAGAAGAAACAGUCUUCCAGACGCUUCAGGUCCAUGCUGGAGCAGAGGAAGAACCUCCCGGCUUGGCAGGAAAAAGAGAACAUUCUGGACGCGUUGGAGCGGUGCCAGGUGCUGGUGAUCAGUGGGAUGACUGGGUGCGGUAAGACGACUCAGAUUCCUCAGUUCAUUCUGGACGCCUCGCUGAGCGGCUCUGCGGAGCAGGUGGCCAACAUCCUGUGCACUCAGCCUCGCCGCAUUUCUGCCAUAUCCGUGGCUCAGAGGGUUGCACAGGAGCGUGCCGAGAGCCUGGGCAACUCCGUGGGCUACCAGAUCCGUCUGGAGAGCGUCUGGUCGUCAGCCACCAGGCUGCUGUACUGCACCACCGGCGUGCUGCUCAGGAGACUGGAGGGCGAGCCCGACCUCAGAGGCGUCACGCACGUCAUCGUGGACGAGGUGCACGAGCGAACGGAGGAGAGUGACUUCCUGCUGUUGGUGCUGAAGGACUUGAUCAUCCAAAGACCAGACUUGAAGAUCAUUUUGAUGAGUGCCACUCUUAAUGCCAACCUCUUCUCUGAGUACUUCUACUCCUGUCCGUCUAUCCACAUACCAGGACGGACCUUUCCUGUUGACCAGUUUUUUCUUGAGGAUGCCAUCGCUAAAACCGGCUACGUCAUCGAGGACGGCAGCCCCUACAGGCGCUCGGGGAAACUAAAUGCGUCUUCUUCGAACGGACAAGGAGGCAAAGGAGGGUCCAGGAACAUGGUGGACGACUUGGGCGACGACGUUUGGAACUUCAUGUCUUUCUGUAAGAAGGACUUGGUUAAAGACUCGAUCCCAGACCAGCAGCUCAGCCUGCAGGACCUCACGGUCCGAUACAAAAACACCAAGAAGUCUGUUCUUCUGACCAUGGCUGCCAUGGACCUGGACAAAAUCAACAUGGACCUGGUGGAGAGCCUGCUGGAGUGGAUCGUAGAGGGAAAGCACGACUAUCCACCAGGAGCUGUGCUGGUGUUCAUGCCAGGCCUCGCUGAGAUUAAAAUGCUUUACGAGCAGCUGCAGUCCAACAGGAUGUUCAACAACAGAGGAGCGUCCAGGUGUGUGGUGUACCCCCUCCACUCCACCCUGUCCAACGAGGAGCAGCAGGCAGUUUUCAGCCGUCCUCCUGAGGGCGUCACCAAGAUCAUCAUCUCCACCAACAUCGCCGAGACCUCGGUGACCAUCGACGACGUGGUGUAUGUCAUCGACUCUGGCAAGAUGAAGGAAAAGAGGUAUGAUGCGUCGAAGAGCAUGGAGAGCCUGGAGGACACGUGGGUUUCUCGGGCCAACGCGCUGCAGAGGAAGGGGCGAGCCGGACGCGUGGCUUCAGGGCUCUGCUUCCACCUCUUCACCAGCCACUGCUUCCGACACCAGCUGUCCGAGCAGCAGCUGCCAGAGAUCCAGAGGGUGCCUCUGGAGCAGCUCUGCCUCCGAAUCAAGAUCCUGGACUUGUUCUCCGAGCAGCUGCUGGACUCUGUCUUCUCUCGGCUCAUCGAGCCGCCGGCCGAAGGGAGCUUGGACACGGCCCGGCAGCACCUGCAGGACAUGGGGGCUCUGACGGCGGACGAGAAGCUGACCCCGCUGGGCUACCACCUGGCCUGCCUGCCCGUCGACGUGCGCAUCGGAAAACUCAUGCUGUUCGGCGCCAUCUUCCGCUGCCUCGACCCCGCGCUCACCAUCGCCGCCAGCCUCGCCUUCAAAUCACCGUUUGUGUCUCCGUGGGGCAAGCAAGAGGAGGCCAACGAGAGGAAACGGGACUUUGCCGUGUCCAACAGUGACCAUCUGGCUUUGCUGCAGGCGUACGAGGGUUGGUGCACCGCUGCGAAGACCAGUAGCCACGCUGGCUUCCGCUUCUGCAGGGACAACUUCCUGUCGUCGCGCAGUCUGCAGGAGAUCUCCAGCCUGAAGCGGCAGUUUGCUGAGCUGCUGUCUGACAUCGGCUUCGUUAAAAAAGGACUGAGAGCCAGGGUUAUUGAACGGAUGUCCUCAAAGGGCGCAGAUGGUGUUUUGGAGGCUACUGGACCAGAGGCCAACCUAAACUCCAAAAACAUGCAGCUGAUGUCCGCCAUGCUGUGUGCAGCUCUCUAUCCUAACGUGGUGCAGGUUCGAGCUCCUCAGGCGAGUUAUAAGAUGACCAGCAAAGGGGCGGUGAAGAUGCCGCAGAAAGCCAGCGAGCUGCAGUUUGUGACCAAAAGCGACGGCUGCGUCCACAUUCACCCCUCGUCUGUCAACUUCAAGGUUCGCCACUACGACAGCCCCUACCUGCUUUAUCACGAGAAGGUGAAGACGAGCCGCGUCUUCAUCAGGGACUGCAGCAUGGUGUCCGUCUACCCACUGGUGCUGCUGGGAGGAGGUCAGGUCAACGUGAAGCUGGGGGGAGGAGGGUUUGUCAUCUCGCUGGAUGACGGAUGGAUCCAAUUUGCCGCAGCUUCACAUCAGGUGGCUGAGCUGGUGAAGGAGCUGCGCUGGGAGCUGGACCAGCUGCUGGAGGAUAAAAUCAAGAACCCGAGCAUGGACCUGUGCAGCUGCCCCCGCGGCUCCCGCAUCAUCCGCAUGAUCGUGCACCUCAUCAGCACGCAGUAGCUGUGCUGCUGAACGCCUCGCUUCUGUUCCCUCAAGGCCUUGACACGCUGAGCUCUGCCGUGUAAACACCGGCGCCACCAAGUGACUCUUCUGAUGUGAUGUUCCAUUUUCUGCACUAAAACAAGUUGAACGUACAGACAGGCGGGGGCGAGUCGUGUACUUGACUUAGUUUCACCAUGUUGCCACAUGGCACUUUAUUACUAUAAAUAGGGCAUUGAGACUCUUUAGGAAUAAUUCUGCUCUAUGCAGCAGUUUUUGUAUGCAGAACAAUAAUCUAGUUUUGAUGCCAAACGACUCCUGUAUGUGAAGAUGUUUGGGUCCAUAUUGGAUUCCUCAAGCUAAAAUGACUGCAUGUUUAGGCUGUGUUUGUGAUGCACGAGUGCAUGUUAUCCAGCCGUUUCACAUUUGCUGAAUGUAUUUCAACGACAAAAAGAUGGCAGGACUACACUUUCACUGAAGGGCUCGAGAUCAGGAGAACUUGGAAGUUGCCACCUUCUUUCACUCCUAUGCAGUUCAGUCAGAUAAAAGAAACAAAAGCUGGUUUGAGUUUCAGAUUCUUUCUUGCUGUCAUCAACUCAUCGUUUUUAAGUUGUGAGAUGAAAUAUAAUCCCAGUGACUGUAAAGUGUAAGUGCCAUUUUAAGUUUAGUUAAAUGCCCCAAAAUAAGUUCAAAAGGCUGCAUCGGUGUCAGAGUUUAACAGGCUGUGAGAGGACAACCACUUCUCCAUGUUGGUUUGCUUUGUCUCCAUGACAACCGUGUGUAAACAAAUAGGCGAUCACUGCCUCAGCAGAAGACACUGUAUCACCACUUUGUCAGUGCCAAACCUGCAGGUAAGAGCUCUAAUUUGUAUGAUUUUCCAAAACUAAUCUUCAGUUUGUUUUGUCCGUAAAGUCUUAAAACUGGAAGGUCAUUGAAGUGCGUGUUUUUCAGAUAAUCGUCUCGGACAGAAACGUUACAUCUUCAUUACGGUAAACACUUUUAUUAGACAGAACUACAUUAAAUCUUCAAUCAAGUAAAGAAACUUUAUUUGUAGCCAAACAAAUCCAAGAAAUCAAGGUCUCGCAGUUCCAAGUCUGUGAAGAAAACUGGGAGUCCAAAAAGUGUAAAAAAAGAAGUGCUCGUGCCAAAUAUGAGGAGGAGGAGGACGUGCUCGGCCCUGCAGCCAUGGUGAACCUCUACUGCAUUUCCACUCCAUGCCUGGAGUUUGGAUGGGCACACU